AUGUCUUUACGUCCAGAUAACAGUAAGGAUGAUGACGAAAUCAACAUGGAGACUGAAGAUGUGCAGUCCAAGAAAAAAGUGUUUCAGUGCAAACAAUGUGAGAAAUGCUUCACUCAGUCUAGCCAUCUAAAACAACACAUGCUUACACAUACAGGGCUGAAACCAUUUCAGUGCAAACAAUGCAAGAAAUGCUUCACUCAGGAAAGUGGUCUAACAAUUCACAUGCGUACAUAUACAGAGCUGAAACCAUUUCAGUGCAAACAAUGUGAGAAGUGCUUCACUCAGUCUAGCCAUCUAAAACAGCACAUGCUUACACAUACUGGGUUGAAGCCAUUUCAGUGCAAACAGUUUGUCUAA